AUGACAACAGUGAGUGUGUCUGCAGCACUGAAGCCGACCAAGUCAAUAAAGAGAUACAAAAGUGUCAGGAGAAAUACCGGAAUCUACAGCGUCCCACCACAAAGUAAUUCAGAUGAAGAUGAAAAUGCUGAAGGAAAAGAGGAGAAUAAUGACCCAGAAACUAUAUUUCAGAAUAUACAAAUCCAGAAGGAAAUUAUUGCAAAUAUUCGAUGCAGACCAUUUCCUAUGAGACAGAAACUGCGGUCUCUCAAACAGGCUAAAGAGAUUGUGUUGAAGUAUGAAGGACGACUAACCAGAACUCGAGGUUAUCAAGCAGCAGGAGCAGAGCUUUGGAGAAAAUUUAUUCGACUGUCUUACAACUUUGUUGUCCUUUUUAUUCCUUGGGAAAUGAGAAUAAAGAAGAUAGAAAGUCACUUUGGGUCUGGUGUUGCCUCAUACUUUAUCUUUUUACGAUGGUUAUUUGGAAUUAAUAUUGUCCUCACAAUUUUGACAGGAGCCUUCGUGGUAUUACCAGAGAUUCUAGCCGGAGCUCCGUUUGGAAGCACUGUCAACAAGAAAAUCCCUGAUAAAGAAUUUCCGUCAGCACAGGACCUGAACACCAUCUGGUCACUGGGGGGUUACCUCCAAUAUUCAGUGUUAUUUUAUGGUUACUAUGGCAGAGAACGAAAAAUAGGAAGAGCUGGGUACCGUCUGCCGCUGGCGUAUUUUCUUGUGGGGAUGGCAGUCUUUGCAUACAGCUUCAUCACACUUCUGAGAAAGAUGGCAAAGAACUCCAGGUUAAGCUUGGCAAGUACCUCCGACGAAAACUACACGUUUUGCUGGAGAAUCUUCUGUGCUUGGGAUUAUCUCAUUGGAAAUACAGAAGCCGCUGAGAGCAAAAUUGCUGCCAUAGUUAAUAGCAUUAGAGAAGCGAUCCUAGAGGAACAGGAAAAAAGGAAAAGCAAAAACUUGGCAGUCACAAUAAGUCUACGGAUUCUUGCAAACAUCCUUGUGUUGCUCUCGCUGGCAGGCAGCAUUUACAUAAUUUAUUUUGUGGUGGACAGAUCUCAGAAACUGGAACGCACAAAAAUCGAACUGACCCUUUGGGAAAAAAAUGAGGUGAGCGUUGUCGUUUCACUAAUAACCAUGAUUGCUCCUUCUGCGUUUGAGCUUGUAGCUGCCUUGGAAAUGUAUCAUCCUAGAACAACACUACGAUUCCAGCUAGCAAGAGUUCUUGUAUUGUACCUGGGGAACCUUUACAGUUUAAUCAUUGCCCUGCUGGACAAAGUAAACAGCAUGAGUAACAGCAGUAAUAACACCUUAAUGGAUGCCGCACCCCAAUUCGCUACAGCAGCAACCACUGUUAUAACUACAGCAAUUCCUGAUUUGGGAAUGCACAGGAAUUCUACCUUUCCUCUAGAAAUGGAGCACAAUAUUACAAAACCUUUAGCACUCAUAAACGUCAUAAACCAGACAUCGACCUCUGUUACCUCCGCUUUCCCUAUGCCAAAGAAUGAGUGCUGGGAAACCUAUGUAGGACAGGAGAUGCUGAAACUUUCCAUCAUUGAUAUGAUUUUCACAGUGGCGAGUAUCCUCCUAAUUGACUUUUUUCGUGGCCUGAUUGUGCGGUAUUUGAGUGACUGCUGCUGUUGGGACCUAGAAAGUAAAUUUCCAGAAUAUGGUGAAUUCAAAAUCGCUGAGAAUGUUCUGCAUCUGGUCUACAAUCAAGGAAUGAUCUGGAUGGGGGCAUUUUUUUCUCCAUGUCUGCCGGCAUUCAAUGUCUUCAAACUGAUAGGAUUGAUGUAUUUAAGAAGCUGGGCAGUACUAACCUGCAAUGUCCCACAUCAGCAGGUUUUCCGAGCUUCAAGGUCCAAUAACUUCUACCUUGCCAUGCUCCUGUUCAUGCUUUUCCUGUGCAUGCUGCCAACUGUUUUUGCUAUAGUAAGGUACAAGCCAUCCGUAAACUGUGGACCGUUUAGUGGACAAGAGAAGAUUUAUGACAUAAUUUCUGAAACCAUUGAAGCAGAUUUUCCAGCUUGGUUCAACAAGGUGAUGAGCUAUGUCAGCAGUCCUGUCGUGGUCCUUCCAGCUUUACUUCUUCUCUUUAUGUUAAUCUAUUAUCUUCAGAGCAUUGCAAGGUCACUGAAGUUCACUAAUAAUCAGCUACGGGCACAGAUCCAAACUGAAAGAAGUGAGGAUAAGAAAAAAGUCUUUCAAAUGUCUGUAGCUCGAUUCCAGAAUACAGACGGACAUGACAAAAAGCGAGAACAAGACAGUGACAUAAUCAGCCCAGAGUCAUCCCUGCAUUCUUCUACACCACGAAAGAAUGGCAGCGUGGUGAACUUUGAGUCCCCAGUCAACAAACUCAGUCGAAUACAAACUAUCUCGCAGUCUGCUCCACGUGCGGUAGUUCAUCAAACUUCUAGUGUAACCCUGAGCCCUACUGUGUCUAGGGUAAAACAGCAGAGAGCAGAGCACCUUUCAAACAGGUACAACAGUGUAAAACUGGGAAGCUCUAAUGAUGUUUGUAGAACUAAGAACUACCAUCCAGUAGCACAAAAGAAGCAGGUGGAAGAUGUGCUUUCAGAGCCUUUGUUCAGAAAAGGAGUCAGACAUAUAACACCUGAGCACCAUGGAUCCAGUACACCAAGUAGUUCCUCUCACAGGCCACACACAAGAUACUUUAUUGUUAAUGAGCAUGAAUCUCGCAAGAAACUUAUACGUUCAACAUCUAGGCUUCCAAGACAUUUCCGAAUGGAAGGGUCUGGAGACAUAGUGGAGUUAUACCCAAGAAAUGUCAGGAGAUAUGUUGUGCAGACUCCACGGCGGUCUUACUCUCCGCACCUCAGUGAGGAAGAAGAUGAAUUUCAGAGAGAUCUAAUCCGCAGAUCCAAUCGCCCUCGCUCUCUAACAGAUCUCCAUCACCCUCCUCGCUUUUACAUUGGGGAUCGUGCAGACAGAGACAGAGAUCUAGCCCGAAUGCAAUAUAAAUCUUGGGAAGGAAGUUUCCAGGUUGACUCAGACAAGACACAUCAUCGCAAAAAAUUACACUUGAGGAACUUUGAUCUUGAUGAGCACUUUGCAGAACGCCACCGGAAAGCGAAGUCAAAGCGCAAAUCUGAGCCUUGUCUUACCGAGUCUGACUCAAUGUCUAAUGCCUCUAGCAGUGACCAGCAAAACAGCAGCACUGACCAAUACAUCCAGGUUAUUCAUAAUAAAGACAAAUACAUCAAAGCUAGUGGAAAACUAACUAAAAAGAAGUCAAAGGCCAGUGUGGACUUAAAUGUCUCUCCGUUGAAUGAGUUAAUUUGUUCAAAUGUGUGAAA